AAUUUCCCUCCUGCCACUCCUGAGAGCGCUAGAGAGGACAAAAGUUAGGGAUUAAGCCCUGCUCCUCAGAAGUCUAGGCUAAAGGCAGUUCAUUUUACCUGAAAUUUAUGUCAAGGUUACCUGAUUUCGCGUUGUGGACACAAUGUUGGAAAGUUAUUAUUACAGUUUGUACGCAUCAGCCUUGCACGAUGGCUCCUCUUAGACACUUUGAUGGAAUAACUGACGCUCAGCGGGAGAUCAGCGUUGAUCAAGAGCACUGCGGUUUGCAAGUUUUGGUUUCCGGAGUUUUUCAGCUUUUCUCUCUGGGAUCGCUGUGGUUGGUCACCUUUUCGCUGCCGAGUCUCUGGAUGGCGUAGGUGGAGGCAGGAGUUUUAAAAUCAACUUUAUGGACAAGGAUUUAAUGUUUUGAAUGCAAGUGCUUCAGGAUAUUGUGCCAAAAAGCCAGUGAAAAGUCACCAUCGUCAGUUUUGGAGAGGAGAAAUGCGGAGUAAAAACGGCGUCUAGAAGGAUGCUGCUGCUUGUACAAUGGAAGUGAAGAACUCUUUUGCUGUUGUUGCGGUGGUUUGUCUCUUCUUUUGCUCCAGUUUCAGCCAACAACUUAACCCUAAAGGACGGAAUGUGUGCAAAGCAGCGGGAUCACCAGGAUUUGUGUGCUGCAGUGGAUGGGGGCAGCUAGGGGAUGAAUGCCUGACACCUCUCUGUGAAGGCAACUUCACCUGCAAGGAGAAUGAGGUGUGUGUCAGGCCGAAUGAAUGUCGCUGCCGUCAUGGAUACUUUGGAGCUAGCUGUGACACUAAGUGCCCUGCACAGUUCUGGGGCCCCGACUGCAAGGGGAAAUGUAACUGUUAUCCCAACGGCCAGUGUGAUGACUUGACCGGCCAGUGUACCUGCAACCACAAUCGUUGGGGACCUAACUGCGAGAAUGCCUGCAUGUGCCAAAAGGGCAAGUGUGACCAAGAGACAGGCAAAUGUACAUGCCACCCUGGCGUCUGGGGCCCCCAGUGCAACAACAACUGCUACUGCAGCAUCAACUCCAUCUGCGAUGCAAUGACAGGACGGUGCAUAUGCAAUCCUGGAUGGACAGGAAGGAACUGUGCAAUCCAGUGCAACUGUAACAACUCACCAUGUGACCAGUUCACAGGACGCUGCCAGUGCAGGGAGAGGCUGUGGGGUCCACGGUGUGAAAGGUACUGCCAGUGCGUCCACGGCAAGUGCAACCAGGUUGACGGCUCAUGUACCUGCACUCCAGGGUACCGUGGGAAGUUCUGCAGAGAGCCAUGUCCUGCAGGGUUCUACGGUCAGAACUGCAGGAACAGAUGUGGACACUGCAAAGGCCAGCAGCCUUGUAAGGUGACAGAGGGGCGCUGUAUCACCUGUGACAGAGGCUGGAAUGGGACACGGUGUGACCAGCUCUGCUCCAAAGGCUUCUUUGGCGAAAACUGCCAGGAGGUGUGUCCCACCUGCAAAGACGGACAUCACUGCGACCCUAUUCAGGGCAAGUGCUCUCAUUGUAACCCCGGCUGGAUUGGGGAUAGGUGCGAGGUGCGCUGCCCCAACGGCACUUAUGGUGAGAAUUGCGAGAACAACUGCAGUCACUGCUUUAAUGGCAUAUGUCAUGUUGUCACUGGAGAAUGCCUGUGUGACCCGGGGUUUUAUGGCACCUACUGCAACAUGACCUGUCAACCUGGCCAGUAUGGAGUGAACUGCAACCAGACCUGCUCAUGUAAUGACAAGAACUGCGAUCCCGUGUCUGGUGCUUGUUAUCUGCAGCCCAACCAGCGGAUGGGUGUGAUUGCGGCUGGAACCCUGGUCUCCUUUCUGCUGAUUGUCCUGCUCUCGCUGCUGUGCUGCUGCUGCCUAUGCCGACAUAAAGACGACCACAACAAGAAAGCCAAACGGAUCCUGUGUGGACGAUUCAGCAGAAUCAGCACUAAACUUCCCCGUAUUCCACUGAGGCGACAGAAACUGCCCAAAGUAGUCGUAGCCCACCACGACCCAGAGAACACCUUCAACUGCAGCUUCAUCGAGCCCCCAUCAGUGGCCGAGCAGCCCUCCCCCUCAUCCUGGUCGUCCCAGGAGUCCUUCUCUUCCUUUGAGAGCGGAGAUGAGGGGCCAGUUUACUGUGUGCCCCAUGAAGACUCAGUGAAUGAAAGCAAGGAGAAGCGGAGCCCUAGCCCAGCAGCAGAGAAGCCUGAAGCUGACGUAAAUGAGGAGGAUGCAGGGGAGUACACCUCCCUGAAAGACACAAGUGUCACAAAGCCAGAGGGCAACGAGCAGCCCUUGCUCAAGUCAUCUGAUAGUGAAGGCUCAACCAGUGGCUCCGAGUCCGCUGCUGCAGCCCUCUACGCCCGUAUUGCCCGCCUCUCCAAGCAGUCCAAGGAGGAUGAUGGGAGUGGCAAAGAUGGAGAUAGCACUCCUACACCAGACGCUAAGCGCAAUGGAAAGCCACCACCUUCACCUGGCAAGCCCAAACCACGACCACCAGACCCAUCCACCAAGCCCAAAGUAUCGUGGAUACAUGGAAAUACUACAGGGUCUCCCCAGCUAGAACAGCAGGGGCAGGGGGGAAAUAAGUCACUUUCAGUGCCAAAAGAGAAAAAGAGGAGCUCCAGCGAUGGCUCAUCUAAGAGCGAGGAGCGACAGAAAAUGAAGGAGAAGAGCCGUGAACAAAAGAAACAGGAGGCAAAAGAGGCAGAAGUCAACGGCUCCCCAAGCAAACACAAAGGUCUGCGGGGUAAGAAGUCUGGGGAUGAGCACAGCAGUCCCAGUCACAUGGAGCACAUCAAUGGUGUGGUUCAAAAUGCCCUCAAGAAGAUCAGCAACUUUCAUAGCUCUUCAUCAGAGAAGAAGAGUGUCGACAGUCCAAAGGAGACCCCUAAGGAGCCACCAAAGAGCCCCAAGGUUAUCCAUCCUCACAUGAACUCUGAGGCUGCCACACUCUUGGCUGCUCAGCUCAAAGAGAAAACCCAAAGUAUCAACAGGAACGAGGGCACAGGUCUUACAAAGACCAAUGGCCUCUCCACACCUAAGGGAAACCGGGAGAAGCCAACACCUCCACAGAAAGCCAAGAGGACCCCAUCCAGUGGAUUAAGUCAGCAGGGCUCUACUAAGCCCCUGUUGCCCACCUCGAGCAGCCUCCAAAAGAUGGUGGCACCCGUCACCAACGACCAAGGGACCCCUGAUGUCACGAGCCCGGAGAAGCAGGACUUGAACGGCUCAAAGGCAGGGGAUUCAAUGUCGGAUCCUACACCAAAGAAGACUCCCAUAAAAAAGCCUCCCAGAAAGAAAGGCAAGGAUGGUACUUUGGAAACAUCAGAAAGUAAAACACCCCAACAAAAGACAGCCAUUAUGCCACCACAGGUGGUAAAAUAAGUAUUUUAAAAAAUGCACAGCUAAAGUUUUUGAUGGAUUUCAAAGAGACUUAAAUGGAUUUGUCAGAAGACAAACCACAUAACUCAUAAUCAAGGAAUUUUAACAUUUUCUGUGUGAGUGUGCUGUGACUCCAGAACCAGUCAACAGAGAAAAAUGUUUUUUGAAUGGAUGGCACAGUUGAGUCGGAUUGGUGAGUUGUGAUAAUGCCCUUUGUACACCAUUGUUUUUCUUCAAGAAUCUUUUUUAUAUAUCUACUACAUACCAGUCACACACCACAACCUGUGGCUCAGCAGGACACAUCUGUGAGGACAGCGGUGCACAGACGUACUCCAUAGUGUACUCAUCUCUAUUCAACCACCACUAUAUUUAUACAUAGAUUGCUCUUGAGGUUGAAUAAUAGUCAUUUUCUAUGGUGAUGGAAGAAUUGCUUUUUUUAUGUAUGCUUUUCAAAGGUACUUAAGGUACUAAAAUAAUACUCAGAUUGAACCCAUUGAGGAACGCAAGCUGUUUUUCUUUUUUUUUUUUCAAUGUUUCCAGCAUUUUUUAGGGACCAACAGGCAUGAUUACAGCUCCAUCCUUUAAACUACAAAGAAACAGCUAUCAGUCAUUAUCUAAAGACUUCUUUACCAAAAGCAACACUUUCAAUUUUAAGCCUAUGAUUCAAGGCUUUUCUCAAAAAAAAAAAAAAAAAGUUGCCUUUUUGUUAUCUGUAGACUUAAAUUUUGGUACCCAGACAUGUUUGGUCAAAACCUAACAACCUCUUUGAUCUAUCUACAAAUGAGGCUGUAUAAAACAUUUUUAAUUCUUUAUCCACAACAAAUCACCAUCAAUCAUCUGAACCAAAAAAAGAAAACCUCAAGCUUUACUGCUUUCAAAUCCCUUCAAACACAGCCUUUUCUCUGUUUUACAGCAACAUCUCCAGUUUCCUGAUGCUGUAUUUAAGAAAACAUACAAACAAUUUCCUCCCUGUAUACAUCAGAAGCAAUAGUUUUGUUAAUGUAAUAGUUGUUAAUGGCUUUCUCUACAGAAUGAGGCUGCCUUGUGACUUUUUUUCAGUUAAGCUGAGAAACUAGGUCAAUAUCUUCAUUGAACAUUUUUCCAUUUCACAUGAAUUUGUUUAUUGUGUGCAAAAAAAAUGUCUAAAAUUUUUUGUACCUUAAGGGUCAAAUUAUCUUAAGCUAGUAGAGUGAUGCUAACAUACUGGGGUGCCUUAGCAUCACGUUUUAGGAGGAGGCCAAAUGGUACAGUGCCUCAAAUGCCUCAACUGUGGAUCAGUUUAAGCAGAAGAAGCUAUAUUUUCCAUCUUUUAUGUCAAGUGUUAAAAUAAAAAAGCUGACAGCUUAGGCUCUUUGAACUGGAUUAAUCAAUGUAUCAGUAGGACAAAAAUUAAUUACAACUAUUAUUUUUAGCUAUUUGUAAAGUAGCAUUCAAAACACCAGCUAUGACCAACCAACAAUAGGUAUGAAGAAGGACAAGCAGCUAUAAGCAUGUUUAUUGCUGAUGGAUAUGCAACAGCCAUAGCUAAUUUGAACCCUCUCUUUGGUUUUAUUUGUUUUUAUCAAGGUACAAUACAUUUCUUCAGUUAUUUUUUCAACAUUUUCUACUUGUAUACAUUGUGUACUUUUUAUUAUCUUUGUAAGCUGUGCUUAUAUGACCUUUUUUUGUCUUUUUGUUUCUCUUGGUGUCAAUGAACAAGCUUUCGUUUUGUUUGCUUUUUUCAUUUCGGUAGUUGCUUAUAUUUGGCUCUGAAGCAAACCUACAUUAUGAGUACUGUUCCCCCUGUUAAGUUUACAUUUGCUUUGUAAUUGUUCUCUGUUGAUGUUAUUGUUUUUGUAACACUUAACUGCAUGACGCAGAGUGUAAUUAUAUGGCAUUGAUAGCUGCACAGGAAAUCUCUAACCUUCUUCCUUCCCAUUGUUGCUUUUGCUCCUAUAGAAACAAUUCAUACAGAAAGGAUUGUACAAUAUUACUAUGAUACCACUGUUGAAGCAAUAGCAUAUAUGAAAGAAAAACAUAACAUUGUAUAAUAUGAAGUGGCAUUUUUUUAAUCUGACUGGCUCGUGCCUGUCUAAAGGCUCACAGUGCUUUUUUUGUAAAGAAGGGCCUUAAAAGCUGCAGAAACAUUACCAACUGUAAAGUUUAUUUUGUCUUAUGUGCCAACCUUGGUUUCCAUUUGUGUAUGGUCAUUGAAUUGUUGUGUUCUCAUUUAUUUUUUGGAAUAAAAAAGCAUUACAUGUAGCUCUAGUUGACCCAGACCUUUUAAACUCAGUCCUUAUUUAACUGGCACAAAACGUCAUUGCCUGCUAACUCAAUAAGAUCACAUUAGUUAUGACUGGGUCAUGACCUCUCCAAGGCAUCUGCUCCCAGUGCUUUUAUCAAGUGUGCAAUAACAGGAUCAACAAAGAGGUAGAAGGGAUGUAUUGGGUCACAUAAUUCUCUUAUUGUAUUCUUCAAACAGAUAGAUUUAAUUGCUCAAUGAUAUUCACCACGUUUCCUGUGGACGAAGCAGGAGACCUACAAAGUUAUUUGGUCACAGUGGCCCUUCAAAGAGCCCAAGGGAACCAGGGAACUGUGCAUUUGGCUCCUUCAGGACGGUGGGACAAGAGCUCCUUUCAUGGGGUAAAAACAGUGGAAACUCUGUGCUAAGGAGUCAAUCACGCGCUGCAUAUGUGUCCUCUUUUGGCAGGGAGCAGAGGCAUAUAGCAGGACUGGGCCACAAGGCAAUAAAGGAGGAUGAAUGGAUGGAUAUGGAUAGGUCAUGUGAUGGGUAAUUGAAACCAGAAGGCGAAAUGGCUUUGUUUUGGGUUCUACGCUCUUAACAUGGUGUUCUACUUACUGUGUACAUACAUGUUAUACAUCAGUGAAUAACACACUAAGGGAAUAUAUUUCCCCAGACUGAUAUAUAAUAAGCCUUUGGACUUGUAUGGGAUUUAUAAGUCAAGAAAAUGUUCUGACCAGAUGUUUUUUCUAUAAAACAUUCUAAAAAAAGAUACAGUUUAUUAAAAGGUAAGCACACUACAACUGCUUACCUUUGCUGUGCCUUGGGCAUAUGAAGACACAUUGUUGUCUUUUAAAAAGCAUCACUUAAGGGAUGCAAUGUCAGUAGUACUAUCAUAUGGGUCUAGACAGAAUAUCUCAAAUGAAUAGAUGAUCAUUCAUAGUUAAGCAGAUAUUCCUGGUCUCCAGAGGAUGAACCCUGGGACCACCAAUGAUUACUGUUCACUUUUUUUUUCUGUGGCAGAAAUAUUAGACAGAAAUUUUUGCUUUUAGUUUUAUUGAGUGAAUUUAUGGAAUUCCUGUUUGUUUGUUUUUUAUUUCCUGGUCCAUAGAGGAUGAACCAUGGUUACUGCUGUGAUCCUCUAACCUUUCCUCUUGCAUAUUUUUGAGCAACAUUUUUCAAUUGAUGUGUGAACUAGGAUUGUCACAAUACCAGAAUAUUAAACUUUGAUUCAGUUGGAGUAAAAAUAUCUGUUACCUUACCACAGCAACAAAAAAUGAAGCUCUAAACACCCAAUUUUGGUAUGCACGAGUUUUCAUGCAAUUUUUGAAGGACUAUUUCUUUUCCUAUGAUAAAAGAAACAGGGUAUUUUUAAAGCAUCAAUACUUUCAGCUACCAUCAAUCAUUAAAAUUACCAAGACUGUAUAAUUUUUAAACAUGUUAAAAUAUGACAUUUUGUCAACCUUUGUCUAAACUCAAGUUACUAUUCCUUUUCCCCAGAGCAAAAAAACAUAAUGAGGACUGUUGAUUCUCUCGUGUUUUGCUCGUGGACUUCAGCUUGACUUUUUCAGUGCUUGAAUGCCUGACAAGCUCCUACUAUUAAUGUCCCAAGAGUAUGAACUGUAAUCCAUCAACUGUGUCCAUCAACUACUCCUUUCUUAUUUUACUUUUCAGAAAAACUCUCAAUAUUGCUGGUCCCAAGAGGAUAAACCAUUAUGAAUGUCCUGCUUUUAGCUGUACUAGGAGAGGAGUUUCAGGAAUCGAAUGUAUGGGAAACUGUUGAAUGCUUCAGCAUAAUUUCUGUACAGGCAGUCAUGGUCCCCAGAUGAUCUAUCUUUGAGACUGUUGUGAUCUUUUGACCUGUUUUAACCACUACGAAAUUGAUAUUUUAAGUUUUAUGUUAAAAGUUAAAAAAAUAAAACCUGUAUGAAAUUGAAGGCCAUAUCCACUGGUGACCGUUGGUUCUCAUAGCUGGAAUUGUCAUUCUUGCACAGAAGUCAUCAGGUUAAGGAUAGUGGAGCAGACACGUUCAACUUUAUUGUCUGCUAAAAAUUAAAAAGUUGAUGUUGUAAUUUGGAGUAUGAUAGCUUUCUGAUGUCAUAUGCCCUACAGUAUACAGUACCUAUAAAAAGUAUUCACCACCUUGGAUGUUUUACACUUUUAUAGAUUUUAUAAAUCAAACAAAGUCCAUAUAAUUUGGAUUUUUUUAACAAAAAAAUGACAAAAGAACUUCUUUAAAGUCAAAGUGAAAAUAGAUUUCUAAAAGUAAUGCCAGUGAGAAAAAAUAUGUACAGUAAAAUAAGUGACUGCAUAAAUAUUCACCACCUUCGAGUCAGUAUUUAGUAAACACACCUUUGGCUGUUAUCACAGCACUCAGUCUGUGUGGAUAGAUCUCAGUCAGACUUGCAUAUCUGGACACUGCAAUUUUACUCCAUUCUUCUUUGCAAAACUGCUCAAGCUCUGUCAGCUUACAGAGGGAUUGGGCGUUUUUUCAAGUCCAGCCACAAAUUCAAAUUCUACAAAUUCUCUAUUGGACUGAGGUUUGGGCUUUGACUUGGCCACUGCAGAACAUUCACCUUGUUGUUUUUAAACUAUU